AUGGGUACAGAAGGUGCUGCUCCAUGGUCAGUACUAAGAAAAGAUGAUGAACAAAGAUCCUUGUUAAACUCUUUGGAAGCCACGUCAUCAGAAAGAAUAAUAGACCCUUGUAUCUAUAGAGUGCCACCGAUACUUCGCAAAAUGAAUGAAGAAGCCUACACUCCUUCCCUAGUUUCCAUUGGUCCCUUUCACCGUGGAAACGAAACUCUGAAGCCGACGCAACAUCUCAAGUUCUCUUACGCCAACAAAUUUCUCAUGAGGACUCGUCAACAGAAUUCAGUAGAUGAUUAUGCUAGAGCCGUGAGAGAUUGGGAAGAUGAGAUUCGACGUCGUUAUUACGAGUCAAUACCAAUGGGGAGAGAUGAAUUUGUAGAAAUGAUUCUAAUGGAUGGGUGUUUCAUCAUUGAGUUGUUUGUUUCGGUCUUUCUAGAAAUCACAAGUAAAUCAAAUGGAGGCACCUAUUUGCUGACGAAACGAUGGCCAGUAGGAUUUGAUAUAAUGCGAGACUUGAUUUUACUUGAAAAUCAGAUACCAUUCUUUGUUCUUGAAGGCCUAUUCAACCUAGCUUUUCCCAACGGCUUAAAUGACAAAAUCUCAUUUCAUGAGCUUGCCUUCGAGAAUUUAUCGCCUUCCUUCAAGCCAACUAUAUAUUCUCCAAACAGCAAAAUGUGUAAGAAGUUCAGCUACAGCUAUUUUGUAGAUCAUCACCUGACACUGCCUAAUGGUGAUAGGUUGCAAGUGGAACACCUCUGUGAUAUGUUAAGGGCCUUUUACGUGCCAAGUAAUCCUCCUACAAUAGUAAGAGGCUCAAAUCAUAAAGUGAAAUGUUCAUGUACUGCAAAUCAACUACAUGAGGCAGGACUGAAAUUUGAAGUUCAUCAAGAUAGAGGCAUAUUCGAGCUGGAAUGUUCAGAGGGAGUCUUCAAAAUGCCACUUAUUCGGAUUAAUGUAAUGACUGAGAUUAUGCUCCGAAAUUUGGUUGCAUUUGAGCAGUGUCAUCACAAUUUUGAGAAGUAUUAUGUUACUAACCACAUGUUCCUCUUGUAUAAUCUUAUCAAAACUGGAAAGGACGUCGAAAUUCUUGUUGAAAAGGGAAUCAUGGAGAACUUUUUGGGGGACAAUAAUGAUGUGGCUACCAUGAUUAUCAAACUUUCCCAACAAGUUGUGUUUGCAGGCAUCAAUACUAAUUAUGGCAAUCUAUAUGUAAAGCUGGAUGAAUUUUAUAAUAACCCUUACCACAAGUACAAGGCAAACUUCGUGCGUGAAUACUGGAGCACUCCUUGGAAAAGAGUAUCUUUGUUUGGUGGAAUUCUGCUACUUUCGCUCACUUUGAUCCAGACGAUAUGUUCUAUCAUCUCCUUAUUUAAGAAGUAG